CGAAGAAUGAUUUCUCAGACUAUCUUGUUUAAAAUCACUAUAUACGGUAAUAGUAUUAUCGUUAUUGGCUACGCUGUCCACUAUUUUAAAUUAUGCACAUGCUUUAUAAAGUGAACGAUGAAGAUUGUUGAAGUUAUCAAUGAAAUAAACAAAGACCACGUUGUGUCAGAUGUUGAGAAAAAGCUUUCGCUAAGAUCAGUAUUUAUGCAAGUUUUAGCAGGAGAUUGGUAAUAUUUCUAAAUUUUUUUAUUUAACGUAAUUUUAUAAAUACACAAAUAAAGUAUUACUUUAUGGGAAGAUUUAUAUUCAUUUGUGACUUCAAACGCAGAUUUCGUACGAUCGGUAAAAGAUGAUGCUGAGUUCAGAUACUUUGUCAACCGAUCUAUGAGGAAUCUUCAAUUGUUACUUGGUAAAAAAUCAGGAGAUAUAUCACCUAGCUCAACAAUACGUUUAAGGAAUAUUUUUACCGAACUUUCCGAAAUAUUUUCUCACGUAUUGUCAACAGACUCGAACACGGUUUACGAUACUGAAUCUGUUACUAUUCCACUUUUAUCCUCAUGGCAUCGCGGUGUCAGUAAUUUUCAAAGCAUUUUAUCAUUUGAAGACGGGAAAUCAAUUUCUGUCGAUAAUGGUAAAAUAAAGAGUAUUCAAAGUUCAUUAUUUAGUUUGUUAGAACAGGAAGAUCAUUCAUUGAAAAAUAUUCUACGAAAAAUUCCAUUCGGUAACUCAAAAUACAGAGCACUUAAUGAAUACAUAAAGAAUUUGUCAAGUAAUGCAUCCGAAAUAUCUUCAAAAGGAGUUGAGAAUAUGCGCCCGAACAAUGGUUUUGAUGCAAUCGCCUACUUUUCAGUUUGCAGAGAAAUAGGAGUUUAUGAGUUUAUGUACUUUAUCAGAAAAAAUAUCGAGAGCAGAAAUACAUCACCAUAUGAUUUAGAACCUACUUUAAGACCAAGGAAUGAUGAACCACAUUAUAUAUUCAGUACAUUUGGUAUACUGGUCGCUGCCGGAACCGAACAGGAGCAUUUGAGUCUCACACAAUGGUUUUCAGAAGCAGUUUUAUACGAGGCUUUAAUAAAAAAUCUCACAUUUCGAUAUCUUCCAGCUUGGAAAUCCUUUUUCACUUGGCGUCAAGUUUUGAGAAGAAGGAGAUUCAAGCGGAUAAGUAAUAUUUUAUCAAAUAAUUGUCUACUUGCAAGUCCUGUAUAUGUUCGAUUAUUUCAGGUAGUUCAAAAACUUUUUGAUUCUUUGGAUACUCUGAAAUUCUUUCCAAAUAUCAUGUGUCCAUUGAAUAUGGUGCAAUUUUGUGCUCAGAUUAACCGAAAUGUACGUUACAAUACUAUUUUAAUGUCACAUUUAACAAAUUGUAUAUGUAUUGCAUUAAAAUUUGCAAGAUAUGCCCUCGCUAAACUAAUACGUUAUAAGGAAGAUGAAUUAAACUGGAAUUCUAAAGAAAUAAAUCAAACUACAUCAAUGACUGAAACGUGGAAGAAAAGUUUAAUAGUAAAAAAUAAUUUAGAACAAUUACGUAAACAAUUGAAUAGCUUUCCAAAUGUAUUACACUAUAUACGUUAUCGAUUGGCAAGUUCUCUUUUACACAAAUUUCAAUCAACUAUUCAAAAUUAUAUUUAUAAUGAAUUAAAUUUGAGUAGUAUGGAACAGAGAGAUAUAGAAAAAGAGAAUGUCAAAGAAGAUAUAACUGAGAAGAAUUUUCGUUUAGUUAUUUAUCCUAUUUUAUUAAAACAAUCUGAUAAACAAAGUCAAUUACUUCUUUGGCCAUUACCUUCCACUAUAAUAACCAUUUUCAAUUUGACAUUUGAACAAUUCAAAGAAUCAUUACAUUUAAACAAAACUAUAUCAGAACAUGAAUUGACUCAAAUCUAUUUUAAUGAAGAGAAAGAAAUUGAAAACAUCAGUGAAAUAAUUGACAAUCAAAUUGAUGCAAAUUCUAUCAUUGAAGCAUUUUACAACAAUUCUAGUUCAGUAGAUUUAAAUGAUUCCAAACAUUCAAUGAAUAUUCCAUGGAAUAUAAUUAAUCCAAUUGGUUUAGAAGCAACAAACAUGAAUAUUCGUGAUAUGGUUAAUUGUUAUUUACCAACUUAUGAAGAUUUUGAAAAAGGCCUUAUACCUGAAUAUCAGUCUCAUCAAAAUCAAUCAAUAUUAUCUCGUAUGGAUCUGGACCAAUCUCAUCUUAAUAUUAGUGGUUAUAAUUGCUUCCCCACCAUUGAAAAUGCAUCUCAAAUGGAAUUACAUUCUCUUAUUGAGCGACAGUGAGUUGAGUUAAUAAAACAUAAUCCUAAUUAUGUCAUUUAAAUAAAUAUAAAAAAUAGUUUGCUGCAUAAAUCGGUUGGUUUCCCACG